AACUCUGCAAACACUCCAACAAUGAAUUGUGGAAAAGAAUUCAAGUUUGUUACGGAUGAUGUUGCUGCUGCGUCUUCAUCCUCUUUCUUUUCUCAUCUUCUUCUUCUUCAUCUUCCCAAUUUCAUAUUCAGUACCAUUCAUUGUCAUUCACGGAAUUGGGAAUCAGUGCUCUGGUGUCAAAUCAUUCACCGAGGAAUUGAUCACCUACUCUGGUGUUCAAGGAUUUUGCGUUGAGGUAGGCAAUGGAACAUCGGAUUCAUGGUUUAUGCCUAUGCUAAAGCAGGCAGAUAUUGUUUGCCACAAGGUGAAAAAAAUGAAAGAAUUGAAGGGAGGAUACAACAUUGUUGGCAUCUCCCAGGGAACUUUAAUUGGUCGAGGUGUGGUAGAGUUUUGUGAUGGAGGACCUCCCGUUAAAAACUUUGUCUCUUUAGGGGGGCCUCAUGCUGGUAUUGCUUCAGUUCCCCUGUGUGGUAAAGAAGUCUUUUGCAAACUUGCAGAUGAUCUCAUCAAGGGACCGAUUUACAGUACCUUUAUUCAAGAACAUUUGGCUCCUAGUGGAUAUCUUAAAUUACCAAAUGCCAUACCUCAAUAUUUGGAGAGCAGUAGGUUCCUCCCUAAGCUUAACAAUGAAAAACCUGGUCAGAGGAAUUCCACUUACAAGGAAAGAUUUAGUAGCUUAGAGAAUUUGGUACUUAUCAUGUUUGAGAACGACACAGCUUUAAUACCAAAAGAAACAUCCUGGUUUGGUUAUUAUCCAGAUCGCCACUUCAAGCCAGUUUUACCACCGCAAAAGACAAAACUUUACACUGAAGACUGGAUUGGCUUAAGAGCUUUAGACGAAGCUGGCCGUGUCCAUUUCAUUAGCGUUCCAGGACAACAUGCGGAAAUAACCGAAGCAGUUAUCAAGAAACAUGUAGUACCAUAUUUGAACGGCCAAAAAUCAUGAUGUACAUUGUUGAUGUAUGUGUUCAACAGUUCAAGUGUCAGCUGAUACUUUAUUAAUAUUGAUUCUAUUAUUGAUGUAUGUUGUUGGUCUAUGUGUUCUUCUGAUACUCAUAUCUAUUCAUUGUUGGAAUGUAUUGCUAAAAAUUAUUAGAUGUAAUAUGUUGUUAAAAUGUAUAAGUAAUGUUAUUAAGUGGUGUAAUAUGUUGUUAAAAUGUAUAAGAGUAAUGUUAUUAA